AUGCAGACAGUUAAUGCCAUGUUCAGAGAGCCAGUACAACAAGUUCUGGAGAAAGUGAAGAACGAACCCUUCUUCAGAUGGCUGGGAAAAAUGGCUGGGGACCUUUUGAAACGUAACCAGAGCCUGUAUUGUCACUAUCAUCAGAACCAUGGGCAUGCCACUGAGGAUUGCACGAAUCUAUGGAACCACCUAGAUCAGUUGAUCCGAGAAGGAAAGUUACGUCACCUUUUGCACCCCUCUAGCGGUCAUCUAAGCCAGGCAAUGCAAGAACCUCGAAAAGAUGUGUCGUUACAGCCUCCCACGAGAACGAUACACGUCAUCCUCAUCGCCCUAGGAAGAACUGGCUCAUUUCCUUCCAGGGUGCUGUCUGUGGCGCGACUUUCUACCGAGGACAGGGAAAGAGAGUGUAAAAGGUUUAAAAAGGGAAGCCCUUUAAUAUUAGGAUUCUCGGACAAAGAUAAGAGGGGAACUAUCCAACCUCACGACGAUGCCUUAGUAGUUACAUUGAGGAUCGGAGGUUUCGAUGUGAAAAGGGUACUGGUAGACCCGGGCAGCGCGGUAGAGGUAAUGUACCCUGAUCUAUAUAAGGGGCUGAACUUAAGGCUGGAGGAUUUGAUGGCUUAUGACUCUCCCCUUAUCAGCUUCGAAGGAAAGACAGUUGUACCAAAAGGGCAGAUCAGACUACCCAUCCAGACCGGGUUAGAGGUAGUGGAGGUGGACUUUAUCGUGGUCGAUGCCUACUCGCCCUACACGGCGAUAGUAGCCAAGCCAUGGAUCCAUGCCCUAGAGGCCGUGUCUUCCACACUUCACCAAAAGGUGAAAUACCCGUCUAGAGGCCAAGUGGAAGAGAUUCAUGGAAAUCAGGCCAUGACUAGGCAAUGGAGAUUUUUCCAGGUCGGCUCAGAGUUGCCUCCUCAAGAGAAAGAGGAGCUGGUCGGGUUUUUGAGGAGAAAUGUUGAUGUGUUCGCAUGGGACGCUUAUGAUGCCCCGGGGGUUGACCUUAAUCUCAUUUGUCACCACUUGAAUGUGAACCCAUCCUCCAUUCCGAAGAAGCAAUCACCAUGA